AUGGAAUGUCGACGAUAUAAGGAUGGAAACUCACCCGAAGUCUUGCAAUAUGGUGGUAAAAAGACCGCGGAGGUGUACUUACUCUCGGACAACUGGAUUUUUGUUUCCAACUUUUGUCUCGAAUUCGUGGUUAGCUCAGAAGAUGAUGAACCGAAGCCCCGAAUUGUAUCAAUAACACCAGUAACAUUUGUACCGCCAGACAACAAGUCUGUUAUAACUUUUUACUGCCUUACAAUAUCUUCAGUGUUCAUGGUGUUGGUUCUUCUCGUCUACAUUGCAUUGCCCGAACUGCGUAACCUUGGGGGAAUGAUCCUGAUGGCUUACAUAACCAGUUUAUUGAUAUCCUUCAUUUUGCUGGCUAUGAUGCAGAGAAUUGCAUUCCCAAAACCGUUGUGUAUUUACAAGACUGCAUUACUUUACUUUGUUUUAUUGGCAUCAUUCUGCUGGAUGAAUAUUAUGUCGGUUGACAUUUGGUGGACUUUCCGGGGGUACGCGAAAGCCAGACCAAUUCACAGAAGAGGAGAACGCUUUAAGUUUUUCAUGUAUUGCAUCUACGGGUGGGGACUGCCUGGGAUCAUGACUAUCGUAUUGGUAGCCAUGAACGAAGCUAAUAAUUUACCGUCUCACAUUAUCAGACCUCGCAUACCUGACGGAGGGUGUAAUUUUCUUGAAGAUGAACCAAGAAAUGUGUACCUGUACAUACCUAUGACAAUCCUUAUUCUGAGCAACUGGGUGUUUUUCCUGAUGACAGCCUACAACAUCAGACGGUUGAUGCGAGGCACUGGUAUUCUGAGCUCUGAUUCUAAAGCUGCUGGCAACCCUACUGCUCACCGGAAACAAAAGCUCAGAUUGAUGGUUUACGUUAAGCUUGCCUCUACACUGUCCGUUAUAAUGGGCGUCAGUUGGCUGUUUGAAACACUGAGUAUCACGGUCGGUAAAAACCACUUCCUGUGGCAGAUCUCUGACAUAUUCAAUAUGUUUAUCGGCGUUACAAUAUUUCUCAUCUUUGUGUUCAAGAAGAAAAUAUACUAUAAACUCAAGGUAAGGUUCUACGAAUUGUGCACUCAUUCGCAUAAAGAAAACUCAAUACAAAUGACAACUAAGAACAGGACCUCAGAAUCAAACAGCCAAUCAGCUCUGUCUCGCACAUCACAACUCUAGGGUACAUAUACCUCUGACUUGGACUAAACUUACUAACUUAAGGCAUAUGGACAUAGGAUACAAAAUAGAUCGUCCAGAUCGAUAUGGAGAUGGGCAGGGCAUGUCCCUAGGACUACAGAUGACCAUGACGAAUGGAGACCGAGUAUCGGAAAGACAAAAAAAAAACAGUUUCGUUAGUCCGACAUCGCCAAGCUUGCAGGAAAAACUUGGAGGAGGCUCGCCCAACACCAGUAAGAAUAGCUUGCAUAUGAAGUAGCCUAUGUCGAACAAUGGAUAAAUAAAGACUGUACUUGACAGAAUACUCGUAAUGCUUGAAAUUAUAAGAAUGCACCGGACAAUUUCCGAAGUAUAGCUACCCUAUGCGAGAAGCUAUUAUCUAGAAUAGCGAUAAUGUUACUUAGUGAGUACUGUAUAAUAUAUAACCUGUUUUCCUGUUUGUACUACUAUUAGAAAACCUAUAUUUUCAAAAAUCAUUCGAUAUUCAAUUCGGAAACAUAGACUCGUUUGUGAUUGGUUAGUUACUGAAAAUGGUUAACGCUCACUGACUUUCUCUCUUUGUCAUUUGUGUGGGAUUAUAUAACAAAGAGAGCCCUAUAUUAACUUCUCUCCGUGGAUAAAGUACAGACAGUAGAU